AUGGGCUUAAUUUCUCCCCCUCUUUCCUCAAACACUCACACAGAGCACAAAACACACACAACCAUCUUCACAACACUCCACCCCACCACCCCUCCCAAAAUCAUCCGCAUUCACGUCGCCGACCCCGACGCAACCGACUCUUCCGGCGACGAAAAUGACACCUCGCCUCUCAAAAUUCGUAAGUACAUCAACGAAAUAACCAUACAGCCAUCCUCUUCUAUCGAAAACAACACUGCCCAUGUCAUUGAGUUCAUGAAAACCCCACUCACCGACGUUGAAAAUGUCUGCCGGAAAAAACGAAAAGUUGCCGGAUCUUCAAGAAUGGCCAAGAAAAUGAGAAAAUCCGGCGGAAAGCACCGGGGAGUGGGCCAAAGGCCGAGCGGAACAUGGGCGGCUGAGAUCAGAGAUCCGAUGACACGUGGAAACCUCAGGUCGGAUAAAGAAGCUACCAUUGCGUAUGACCACGCGGCUAAUACGCUGCGUGGUACUCACGCGCUCGCUAACUGUAGUCCCGAAGAGUCAAACAUUGAAAAACCAGAGUCAACCCAGUGUUUAGCUAAAGAGGCGGAAGAGGUGGAGAGUUUUUCGGGGUUUCCGGGUUCGGAUGAUGUGUUUUUGAAUGAGGAUCCGUUAUAUGACCCGGUUAUGAGUGUGUUUGACCCGCUGGAUUUUAGCAUGUUUGAUUUUGAAAAAGAGUGGUGUGGCAGUACAAUGUUUGGCGGAUCAAUGAGUGAAUUCGGGUUAUGGGGCGGGCCGACAAGUUGGCCUACCCGGGAUUAUUUUCAGGAGCUGGGAGAUGUAUUCGGGUCGGAUCCUCUUUUGUCCAUGAUCUGA